AUGCUAGGGAAGGCUCCCAAAGGGUAUGUCCAGCCGUGGGAAGAAUUCGGGCCUGGACGUUGUUGGCACGUGAAGGUCGAUGGUGCGACGGGGGCGGCUUCGUUCGUCCUCCAACGGAAGCGCUUCCGCGAUCUCGACUUGGANAAGGUCGAUGGUGCGACGGGGGCGGCUUCGUUCGUCCUCCAACGGAAGCGCUUCCGCGAUCUCGACUUGGAAAGCGACGGCUUUACGGACCGCAAAGUCAAGGAGACUCGUGGAGCUGUGAAGCGCAAGCGAUACGAUUUCAGGUUCAAAGCCCAUGUUGUGACCCAGCUGCGCCUCCUCCAGGAAGACGCCGCAGACCUCUUCAAGGAGGAGCAGCUCACGCCUCUUCAGUACUUAGAGGACGGUCUCAAGGUUAACUACAGCCUGAUCGGGAAGUGGGCUCAGGACGAGGCCAAUAUAGUCCAAUCGGCAGCAGAUGACGUGAAGAAGACCCUCCUUGCCAAACAGCAGCCAAAGCGGUGGUUUCCUGAGGAAGAGAAGAAGCUGUGUCGACCCUGUGGCUGACGGUCACGUUCCGGAAGCUCGUGCAAGAGAAUCACCCUGAGGACCAACGGGCGGCGGCGUUCAGCGCGUCCUUCAGGUGGGCACGAAAAUGGGCAAAGAGGCAUAAGCUGUCCAAACGGCGCAGGAGCAACCUCAAGAACA